AUGUCCGACGGUAAGUUUCUCGCGACUCCUCUCAGAAGCUCACGACACUCAUCAUCAUCAUCCACAGCCGAUAUCGAAACCGUCCGGCGCCUCCAAGCGGAGCGCAACGCUGCCGCCGCCAGCAAGAAAGGCUCCAGAACCUUUGAUUCGUCUGCUCAACGCACUGAGAACUCGACCAAGGCCUCUCUAACCGAAUCAUUCGACACGAGUUUGUAUGAACGGGAAGGGGCAGAUCGGUUCUCGGGCUAUGACACCUCGAUCGCUGUCAAUGAUGGCGAUGAAGAAAUGGAAGAUGCGAACGGCGGACAUAGCUUAGUCGGCCAGUACACUGCAACCCGGAAUCAAAUCGAUGAAAUGGCCCACGGCAACGGAGUUGAGGAGGAGGAUAUUCUGAUGGGGCGUGAGAAAGCAGCGCGCAUCGCAGACCGUGAAUCCGACUAUCAAAAGCGACGAUUCAACCGCGGCCCUCUGACCCCAACUCGCGCCGAUGCAUUCGCCGCAAACGCACAAGAUAAUGGAGAUGGGGAUGGCCAAACCUACCGCGAGAUAAUGGCUGAGCGUGAACUCCAGAAGGAAGAAGAGCGUGUCCACAAGCUGAUCCAGGAGAAGCGAGAACGUGGUGAAGAGGUUCCCGAGUACCAGGCUACCCUGAAGGCUGAGAACGGUGACAAGGAGAACGAACACGCCAGUGCGACGGCCGAGACUGCUGGCCGCAAGCGUAAGAAGCGCUGGGAUACGUCGGCUGAAGAUACAGCUACUCCCAACGAUGUCCAGGAGCCUGCGGAACCAAAGAAGCGAUCUCGAUGGGACGAAGCUCCCGCCCCCGCCGGAUCGGAAGCACCUAAGCGACGUUCACGAUGGGACCAAGCGCCGUCUCUCACGGCCGCCACUCCAGUUGGUAACCAAGGGCUUGCAACCCCAAUGCAUCCGUCCGGCGCUCAAGGAGCCGACCUGUCUGGCCCGGGCCAGGACGAAGACGACGAGAUGCUGAAUCAGCUACUUCCCUCUGAGGGCUACAAGAUAUUGGAUCCGCCUCCCGGAUACGAACCAAUUCGGACGCACGCGCGCAAGAUGAUGACGGCGCCGAUGCCCGUUAAUGCAGCAAGUGGAGUUGGAGGAUUCAUGAUGCAGCAGCCUGAGAGCAUUCGAUCAAUGGGCAAGGACCUCCCGACGGAUAUUCCUGGAGUUGGCGAUCUUCAAUUCUUCAAGCCGGAGGAUAUGGCUUAUUUCGGAAAAUUGUUCGAGGACACAGAUGAGAGCACCAUGUCCGUCGAGGAGAUGAAAGAGAGAAAGAUUAUGCGAUUGAUUAUCAAGGUCAAGAACGGCACUCCUCCUAUGCGGAAGACUGCACUGCGACAACUCACAGAUAAUGCGCGAAACUUUGGGGCUGGCCCUCUCUUCAACCAAAUUCUUCCUCUGCUGAUGGAGAAGUCCUUGGAGGACCAGGAACGUCACUUGCUGGUUAAGAUCAUCGACCGAGUGCUUUACAAGCUGGAUGACUUGGUCCGUCCCUACGCUCACAAGAUUCUGGUCGUCAUUGAGCCCCUGCUUAUUGAUCAAGACUACUAUGCUCGCGUCGAAGGUCGAGAAAUUAUCUCCAACCUUGCUAAGGCAGCUGGUCUUGCCACGAUGAUCAGCGUUAUGAGACCCGAUAUCGACCACGUCGACGAAUAUGUCCGAAACACGACAGCGCGAGCCUUUGCCACUGUCGCCUCUGCCCUCGGUAUUCCAGCUAUCCUUCCUUUCCUCCGCGCAGUCUGUCGUAGCAAGAAAUCUUGGCAGGCUAGACACACGGGUGUCAAGAUCAUCCAGCAAAUUCCCAUUCAGAUGGGAUGUGCUAUUCUGCCUUACCUUAAGGGACUUGUCGACUGCAUUUCGGACAACCUCAGUGACGAACAGGCGAAGGUCAGAACUGUCACUGCUCUGGCUGUUGCUGCUUUAGCGGAAGCCGCCAACCCCUAUGGUAUUGAAAGUUUUGACCAAAUUCUCCACCCACUAUGGACCGGUGCUCGCAAGCAGCGUGGCAAAGGUCUCGCUGCAUUCCUGAAAGCCGUUGGCUACAUUAUCCCCCUCAUGGAUGAGGAGUAUGCCAACUAUUACACUAGUCAAAUCAUGGAAAUUCUUCUCCGAGAGUUCUCAUCUCCCGAUGAGGAGAUGAAGAAGGUCGUUUUGAAGGUGGUGUCACAGUGCUCCAGCACGGACGGUGUGACUGCCAGCUACCUCAAGGAGCACGUUUUGACCGAUUUCUUCAAGAGCUUCUGGGUCCGACGUAUGGCUCUCGAUCGCCGCAACUAUCGCCAAGUUGUGGACACCACUGUUGACCUGGGACAGAAGGUUGGCGUUGGUGAGAUCCUGGAGCGCAUCGUGAACAACCUGAAGGAUGAAAGCGAGCCUUAUCGAAAGAUGGCCGUAGAGACUAUUGAGAAGCUAGUUGCCUCUCUUGGCGCUGCGGAUAUCUCGGAGAGAUUGGAAGAGAGAUUGAUCGACGGUGUUCUCUACGUCUUCCAGGAGCAGAGCAUUGAGGAUCUGAUCAUUUUGAAUGGAUUCGGUACUGUAGUCAAUGCCCUCGGCACACGAUGCAAGCCUUACCUUCCCCAGAUCGCCAGUACUAUUCUCUGGCGGUUGAACAACAAGUCUCCAACCGUUCGCCAGCAAGCGGCCGAUCUGAUCUCGCGCAUCUCAGUGGUCAUGAAGCAGUGCGGUGAAGAUGCUUUGAUGGCCAAGCUUGGUACUGUGCUUUACGAGUACCUCGGUGAGGAGUAUCCCGAGGUACUAGGCUCUAUCUUGGGUGCUCUGCGAUCGAUAGUGACGGUCGUUGGUAUCAACCAGAUGAAGCCUCCCAUUGGCGACCUUCUGCCCCGUCUCACCCCCAUUCUGCGCAACCGACACGAAAAGGUGCAGGAGAACACCAUUGACCUGGUCGGUCGUAUUGCCGACCGUGGACCUGAGUCUGUGAACGCCCGUGAAUGGAUGCGUAUCUGCUUCGAAUUGCUUGAUAUGCUCAAGGCCCACAAGAAGGGCAUCCGUCGUGCGGCCAACAACACUUUCGGUUUCAUCGCCAAGGCCAUCGGUCCCCAGGAUGUCCUGGCCACUCUUCUGAAUAACUUGCGAGUGCAGGAGCGGCAGUCCCGCGUUUGUACAGCGGUCGCGAUCGGUAUCGUGGCAGAGACUUGUGCACCCUUCACCGUGAUCCCGGCUCUGAUGAAUGAAUACCGGGUCCCGGAGUUGAACGUGCAGAAUGGUGUUCUCAAGGCCAUGUCUUUCUUGUUCGAAUACAUCGGCGAGAUGGCCAAGGACUACGUCUACGCUGUCACGCCUCUUCUCGAGGAUGCCCUGAUUGACCGCGACCAGGUUCACAGACAAACCGCCGCCAGUGUGGUCAAGCAUAUUGCUCUUGGUGUCGUCGGUCUAGGUUGUGAAGAUGCCAUGCUGCACCUUCUCAAUCUCGUGUUCCCCAACAUCUUCGAGACCAGCCCGCACGUUAUUGAACGGAUCAUCGAAGCCAUCGAGGCGAUCCGCAUGGCCAUCGGACCCGGUCUGGUCAUGAACUACAUCUGGGCCGGACUAUUCCACCCAGCUCGAAAGGUGCGCACGCCUUACUGGCGACUGUACAACGAUGCCUAUGUGCAGGGUGCCGAUGCGAUAGUGCCUUACUACCCGGAUCUGAAAGACGAUGGCUUGGACCGGCCCGAGCUUUCCAUUGUCCUUUAG